GCCCAGGGAAUCAUACCAGCUCUGGCCAGCUGUAUAGAGAACCAGAGACAUAAUCUAGCGGUUGUUGAAGCGGUGGGGUUCACCCUCUCUCAGCUUCUCCAGGCCAAAGAUGCAGCAGAGAAAAUAAUCCCUAUGGUCCUGGCCUCCAGCUUACCUUCACACUUGUUAUCAGUCCUGACUCCUGAUCCAAAUUUUGGCCUGGCACCUGCUAUUGAGUGUGCGUGGUGUCUACACUACUUAACAUGCAGUAUUGUGGAUAAACGAGAGCUGCUAGCUCAUGGAGCCCUGUCACAGUGCAGUUCACUGUUAGUGUCACUAGGUGAUGCUAUCGCUGUAGGAAACAAAGAAGAAGGAAUUGAGUUGCUUGUCUGUCCUCUGCUGCGGUGCGUAGGGAACCUUCUGGCCUCCUGCCCAGUGGGAGACCUGAAUACUCAAGUGUGUGACGUUCACCUUGUGGUUGCUCUGUGCGCACUUAUCCAGGCCUACCUACAGACUCGGCCAGCCUUGGCCAGAGAGAGUGCCUGGGUCCUCAACAACCUGACAGCUCACUCCAGUGAUUUCUGCUCUGCUCUCCUCUCCUUCAACUUGGUCCCUGGACUGAUCCAGCUUCUGCCUUUCUCUCAAGGCAUCAAUACAUUGAUCCUCAGGGUUCUUGCAAAUGUUUCCCACAAGAAAAAGUUCUGUGUCCAGCUGGGCCAGCUUGGAUUACUGUCUGCACUCUGUGCCACGCUUAAAAUGACCGACCAAGAAAUGGUGACCCUGAGUCUGGACAUCCUCUUCAUGUUGGUAUCUAGCACGCCACAGUUGGCUGAAGAGUUUGAGAGGCAAGGUGGAUUGUCACUGUUAGAAGCCAUUCAGUACAACAGUGAAGGAGAGAUGAGGCGAAGAGCAACAUACCUGCUGGAGCACCACCUACUGUUACUCUAACCAUACUUCACAGUGAAGACAUCUGUAUAGUUUUGUCCUCUGGUGAAUCUGUGGUAAUCAAGAAAUCAAAAAAUGAGUUAUUUGAUCUGUUGUGCUGCAGGUGACCAACACACCAGGACACAGUGUGUCUUUAAACAAUGCCACAGAAACUAAUGCCUGGAUAUCAAGUAUCAUGUCCUCAGGUCAUAUUACUGUAUAUUAUAACAGUAUUUUAUUAGCUGUAAAGAUGAAGUGUAU